UUUCAGUCAGAGUAUCUUGAGCGGCUGCUUGCAUUGGAGGCUGGAAGCUUCAGCAGCGUCGGCACCUUGCACUGUCUGAACUCAUUCGCUGAUAUUUCAUUCAUCAUAGUAGCGCAGUUCUUCCUGCAGGAAUGUUUCGCUUGGCAAGUGUAAUGAGACGGACUCCUGUCCUUGCUUCACGCCUCACCCGCUUUUAUGCAAAGGAUGUUAAGUUUGGUGCAGAAGCAAGGGCUCUGAUGUUGCAGGGGGUUGAUCUGUUGGCAGAUGCAGUUGCUAUUACCAUGGGGCCAAAGGGCCGAACUGUGAUCAUUGAACAGAGCUGGGGAAGCCCAAAGGUAACUAAAGAUGGUGUGACAGUGGCCAAAGCUAUUGAUUUGAAAGAUAAAUAUAGAAACAUUGGUGCCAAGCUCGUUCAGGAUGUGGCCAACAAUACCAAUGAAGAGGCUGGUGAUGGUACUACCACCGCUACAGUACUGGCUAGAGCUAUUGCCAAGGAGGGAUUUGACAAGAUCAGCAAGGGUGCCAAUCCUGUGGAGAUCCGCAGGGGUGUAAUGUUGGCAGUAGAAGCAGUCAUCAAUGAACUUAAGAAGCAGUCUAAGCCUGUUACCACCCCAGAGGAGAUUGCACAGGUAGCAACAAUAUCUGCAAAUGGAGAUAAAGAAAUUGGCAAUAUUAUUUCUGAUGCAAUGAAGAAAGUAGGCCGCAAAGGAGUCAUUACUGUCAAGGAUGGUAAAACACUUCACGAUGAGCUUGAAAUCAUAGAAGGGAUGAAAUUUGACCGAGGCUAUAUCUCCCCAUACUUUAUUAACACAGCGAAAGGACAGAAAUGUGAGUUUCAGGAUGCUUACCUUCUCUUGAGUGAAAAAAAGAUUUCUAGUGUACAGUCCAUUGUUCCUGCUCUUGAAAUUGCAAACCAGCAUCGCAAGCCUCUCGUUAUAGUAGCAGAAGAUGUAGAUGGGGAAGCACUCAGCACUCUAGUACUUAACAGACUGAAGGUGGGACUACAGGUGGUGGCUGUGAAAGCACCAGGCUUUGGGGAUAACCGAAAGAAUCAACUAAGGGAUAUGGCAAUUGCUACAGGGGGAGCUGUAUUUGGAGAUGAAGCACUCAACCUUACUCUUGAAGACAUUCAGCCUCAUGAUUUUGGAAAGGUUGGUGAAGUUAUCAUAACCAAAGAUGAUACCAUGCUUUUGAAGGGCAAAGGAGACAAAGAUGCUAUUGAGAAGCGAGUACAGGAAAUUGUGGAACAGCUUGAAGUGACCAACAGUGAAUAUGAGAAAGAGAAGCUCAAUGAACGCCUAGCUAAACUCUCAGAUGGUGUGGCUGUGCUCAAGGUUGGUGGAACAAGUGAUGUUGAGGUAAAUGAAAAGAAAGACAGAGUAACUGAUGCACUUAAUGCCACUCGUGCUGCAGUGGAGGAGGGCAUUGUCCUUGGUGGAGGCUGCGCUCUCCUAAGAUGUAUUCCGGCAUUGGAUGGUAUCAAACCUGCUAAUGAAGACCAAAAAAUUGGCAUUGAAAUCAUUCGCCGUGCACUACGCAUCCCUGCUAUGACGAUUGCUGUUAAUGCAGGAGUGGAGGGUUCUCUUGUGGUUGAGAAGAUUCUUCAGAGUUCUUCAGAUAUUGGCUAUGAUGCACUUGCUGGGGAAUAUGUAAAUAUGGUAGAAAAAGGCAUCAUUGAUCCCACCAAGGUUGUUCGAACUGCACUACUAGAUGCUGCUGGGGUGGCCUCUCUGCUUUCUACUGCUGAAGCUGUUGUGACUGAGCUGCCUAAAGAAGAAAAGGAGCCUGCCAUGGGUGGAGGAAUGGGUGGCAUGGGGGGUAUGGGAGGUGGAAUGUUCUAAGAUCUUGCCAUACUGUGAUUUGUUUACUAAAGACAUGCAUCUGCUGUCUGUGGAAACAUCGGUUUUGGGAGAGUGAGAUUGAAGUUGCAUUACAAAGGACAUGAUUUAGAGACUUCUGAUGCACCCAUGAAAUAACAUCAGCUUCAAUAUAGACUGCCUUUCUGGUACAACAGUUUUCUUGCUUUCCAGUUUUGCAUUGUGUAUGCAAAAAGAUUUUUGAUAUGAGAUGUGCUAACAUUCCUCCCCCUUCCUUUUAACAUACGACAGGAAACUGAUUUUUAUGUGACAUUUGUAUGUUGAUAUUGAUGCUGUUAAAUGUCUUAUCACAGUUGGCACAGCCAUUAAUUAUAAUUGUUAAAACUGACGCUUAGCUAGUUGUGACUUCUUAAUAUCUCAUACCAAAAGUGAAUUGUUUGGUGAAUCUUGCUAUUCCCCAUUAAAGCAGAGCACUAACAAAAUGCUGCAGGCCAAGAAAGCUGAACCGAUGUCCAAACAGCUUUGUAGCUACAGGAGUACCAACUUGCUGUAUGGCACCAAGGAUAAGCAGUCACCCUAACCUGUUGGCACGGGUUUCAUCCUGCAUUCUUGUUGGAUAGCGGCAGUCUGGAAUUCUGUGGCUGAAGGGUGAUGUUUGAAUCAUGUCAUUUUUACUUUGUGAUGUUUAGUCAGCUGAUUAUAAAGGUUUUGUUUUCCUUUGCUUACAUUUGUACAAUUUAGUCAUAAUUAUUGAAACAUUUUUUGUUUAUUAAAAUAAGUGUAAAAUUUG